AAAUUAACUGAAAUUGAUUUUAAUGAUGAAUCUAAUAAUAAACAAGAGAAAUUAACUGUAGUUAAUUUUAAUGAUAAAUCUAAUAAUGAACAAAAGAAAUUAACUAAAAUUGAUUCUAAUGAUGAAUCUAAUAAUGAGCAUAAGACCUAA